AUGGUGCUCUUCACUCAUAUCGCCGGAGGAUCGGCUCCGUCCUCCAUAGUCGUCUGUGUGGCGCUAUUACUACUCGCAUGCCUACAGACUGUCGUCGCCGAGAUCGAUUCGGUCUUCAAAUCUCCAAGAUGUUCGCCACCCCGGAUCGCUAACCUUGUCUCAACGUCCACCUGCAGCGACCCGAUCUCUAUCCCCCAGUCCUUACUUUGGAACAUAGAGUUCCCGACAAGCUUAGUCCGGGUUACAUCUUUGUCGGCCCGUACGAAGCGUCCAAUUCCGGCCCGUAUAUCUAUGAUGAUGAGGGGGUAUGCUUCUGAUGUUCUUGCCCAAAACCUAGUUUGGAGCGGCUGGGGUAACUCGGGCCCCGGAAAUGCCCACGGCAUGCACGUGUGCAAGUACAAGGGAAAGGAUCACUUGUGUUUCUUCCAGGGUGUUCAGCAGAAUGGGUAUUGCCGAGGUCAUGGAGUCAUCAUGGAUGACCACUAUCGCAUCGUCCGAACCGUGGUUCCCGGAGGCGGCAUGGCAUCCAGCGAUAUGCACGAAUUUAUGCCUAUCAAUGACGGCAAGACUGCCUUGAUGACAGUGUACCAGCAGCGACAGUUCGACAUGUCCCCGUGGAACGUCAAGUCCGGCAUGGGAUGGGUGAUGGAGAGUAUCUUCCAGGAGGUGGAUGUGGAGACCAACGAAGUUCUGUUCGAGUGGAAGUCCCUCGACCACGUCGACCCUUCGGACGCCUACACCUGGCCGAGUCACACGGAUACGUCGGGCACUGGGCUGGACCCGCGCUCGCCCUGGGAUUACUUCCAUAUCAACUCGAUCGAUAAGAACGCUGACGGCGAUUAUUUGAUCUCCUCGCGCCACACGUGCGCGAUCUACAAGAUCUCCGGCAAGGAUGGAUCCAUCAUCUGGCGGUUGCAUGGGGCGCAUCCCACGUUCAAGAACAUCAACUUCAGUUUCUCGCAGCAGCACGAUGCGCGGUGGCUUGGUGAAAACUCCACCCACACUCUGCUGUCUCUAUACAACAACGGGUUCAAUGGGUUCAACCGCACCCAUGACUUCUCCUCGGGCAUGAUUAUCCUUAUCGACCACCAGGACAACACCGCCACCCAGCUCCACGACUACUCCCCUCCCGGCAAGACCAUGAUCAGCUCCAGUCAGGGUAACAUGCAGGUCCUUCCGAACAAGAACGUAUUCAUUGGGUGGGGUAACAACGCCUAUGUUUCCGAACAUGACGAAGAAGGCAACGUGCUGCUCUGGGGUUAUAUCGACAAGGAUCGCAUCAUGAACUACCGGGCGCAAAAGUUCGAGUGGGAUGGAAUGCCUACCGACGUGCCGGCUCUGUGGACGUACUCGCAAUCCAUCGACACCUUCUCCCCGACGACGUUCUAUGUCAGCUGGAACGGAGCUACGCGGGUGAAGUACUGGCGGUUCUACGGCGCGACCAACUCGACCGGCCCCUAUAUGCUCAUCAAGCAGGUAGAGAAGAGGGGAUUCGAGACAAGCUACUCGGCACCACACUUCUACCGAUGGACCUACGCGGAGGCCGUGGAUGUGGAGGGCAAGGUUCUGGGCAAGUCGCGCAGCAUGUUUACUUUCACGCCGUCGCCCGAUCUGCAGGGCCACUGUGGUAGGGAAUCAUGUGAGAAUGCGCAGACGUAUGGAAUGCCUGGCGAGGAGGGCGCUGGACCUGUGAUUCCCCCAGCGGGUAUCAACACCGUCCCUUGGGUCGAUCCUGGUCACCCCGAUGCGCACUUCGAUUGGGGUCAGACCGGGGAUGAUUCGGAGGACGGUGAGAGCGGGUCCGGCAAUCUGAAGAGUGUCUAUGGUAAGCAGACUCCCGCUGACGGCAGGAAGAGUAACCCCGCUGACUAUCGCAAUCUAGAUAACAACGUGGGAUGGAUCGCCCCGGUCUUCGGCUUUGUCGUUGCCAUCGUGGCUAUCUAUACCAUUAUGCGGAUAUACCGGCGCCAGCAGCAAUUUAGCCGGGUGAAGGAGAGGGCAUCGACGGAGAGUGUAGAUAGGGUCGAGAGGUCCAAGCCCUGGACGGAAUCGGAGACCCCGUGGUGGCAUUGGCGUCGCUGGACGAAGUCACAGGAGCCACCGCGGUACUUUCCGUUGGCAGAACAACGGAGUCCGUCCUGGCGACCGGAUGGACAUUAUGCGCGAUAG